AUGGCGAAUGGAAGCCCGCUGCAGCGACCGGAGCGGCCACUUUCGAUCGCGUUGUGGAACUUCUCCUCAAACUGGUUCCUCAUUCCCCAAGGAACCGGAAUCAUUUGUAUCCUUCUCCACCGACUGGACUACCAGUUCGAAGGUCUGAUGACCAUCGCCAAGAUUGUCUGGAUAUACACCAUUGUCCUCUUUGUCCUGUUUUUGACUCUCUACAUACUGCGCAUACUGGUAUACCCGGCACGCGUCCGAAACCAGCUGCAAGUCAAUAUCGUCGAGAUAUCAUGUCUAGCCUGCAUCCCUAUCUCAUACGAUUCCAUCACCCAGCUGGCGGUGCUCCAGUAUGGAAGCCGCGCGAGCCUCACGCUCUACGUCCUCUGGUGGAUCCAGACCGGCCUCGCAGUCGUUGCUUGUCUGGGCAUUCCGUACGUCCAGCUGAAGCUGCAACCCCCGGGGAUAUCACACCUCCCUCCAACCAUUCUGCUUCCGUUCAUUGCAGCCUUGACCACGGCGGCUGGUGGGGGCGUGCUCUGUGGCUCUGACCACAUCAGCCCACGUUUACAGGUGCCCGUCAUCAUCAUAUCGUAUCUCGAGAUUGGCGCGGGUCUUUCACUGGCUGCUGGACUAGACACACUGAUCCUGUUGCAGCAUUUUAACGGAUUUACUCCGACCGCAGACACCGUGUACCAGGACAUGAUCGUCUGCGGGCCAUUUGGCCAAGGUGCGUUCGCGCUCCAAGUACUGGGCGAAGCAGUCAUGAAAGGCAGUUUCGCGGCAUACGAUCGAGGGACCUUCUUGACGUCCAAAGCAGCAGUCCCGAUCGGCUAUACAAGCCAGUUCUUGGGUCUGCUCACCUGGGGCUAUGGGAUCUUCUGGUGGUGCUUCGCCAUUCUCAGCAUAUGUUAUACCCUGUGCGCCCAGCCGGGCGGCUGGCGCAAAACACAAUUCAGCAUGGCUGUGUGGUCGCUUAUCUUUCCAUGGGGCGUUUUCACUAAUGCGGCGGUGGAGUUUGGGAAGACCAUGGAGUCGCCGGCUUUCGCCGUCGUUUCGACUGCGCUGUUGUUGAUUAUAUUGAUCAUGUGGUUUGCUGUUCAGAUCCUCACGAUUAAAGGUGUAUUUACCGGUCGGCUUCUCGGUCUGGAGCAUGGAUGGAAACGCCGCAGCCUUGACCGCGGAGACUGCGAGGGGACCAAGGAUGCUUGA